UUUGUUUUUGGUGUAUGAUAAUGUGUAUUGAUUGAUAGGGUAAAGGUGGCUAGAAGAUCGCGGGAUGGCUAUUUAGGGGUCUUAGGUACCUCUUUCAUUUUGUUUUUUUUUUUUUAAAUUAAAUUUCGUUAAUAAUUUUAUACACUCUAGUAUUUUCUUAUUCAAAAAAAAUUAUAACAACCUUACAACCGUAUAAAAAAAUAAGAAACUAUUGUAAAUGAGAAAAAAAAAACCUACAAAUAAAAACAAGACUCCCCUGUAUCCCCAUCCGCUCGACUUUAUUUUUAGCCUGCGCUAUUCAGUGUUCCAAAUCCGGGAUGAACGAGUUGCCAACGCACUCCAUUUACACAUAUUUACCCACAGUAUCCGAAACGAGCAAAAUCUUAUCAAAUUUAGGCCGUCCGACCAAACGAGGUAUCAAAAAGUGUCCAAAAUGUGGGGUCUACAACGGUACUCGUGGCAUGAUCUGCAAGAACAAACGUUGCGACGCCGUUUUCAAAGACUACGCCGACAAGAGAAAAGUGAGUUUGGAUGCUGUACGUCUUGUGGGAAUCGUGCGACAAGUGUACUCUGUGAGAGUGAGAGAUAGGGGACCAGACCAUCGUGGGUUCGUUCAGUUACCGUUGCUACCAUCGCACGAGCAAGAUAAGAGCGUGCUUUCUGAAAACGCCCUGUGUUUUGUUGAUUCGUGUCAGAGGCUCUUCGAUGACUCGAUUCUUAAAUGUCACGAACUGGAGCAAAAUAACACUUCUUUGUUGUGUGUACAUAUUGACUCAGCCAUCAAGAGUCAAAAUAUGGCUACACCAGUUGAGUUCAAAAAGGAGAUUUUGAGUUGUUUGAAAGUGUCCAAAGAAAUUAAGGCGAAGUUGUGGUUGUUGGCUACGGAGAAAGAAGGAGCUUUGGUGCAGAGGGUAUCAAGGACGGUGAUGGCGGUGAAGUGCCAAGUGUCACCUAAGCACCCAUUAGGGUAUCUACAUUUUACUUUUGGUUGUACUAAGGGUAGAGAAAUUUACGACAAAUACUACUGCAGUUGCACUGAAUUUAUGGUUUCAGGCAUUAUAAGCAAAUCCAGCAACGUUCGUCUAAAGUGUAUCCACUAUUACGCUUGUAUUUGUGCCCUAGCAAGUGAUCCAAAAUUUUCUCAAGAAUUUGUGCACUUUACCAACUUUGAGCUUUCAAAGGACCAGGAGCCGGCAGCUCUUAGACCAACACUUGCUACGGGUGGUAGCGGUUUUUCAAAAAAUGGGAGUACUAAAGUUUCUGAGAAAAUUACGAAAUUGAAAGUGCACAACAAAGCAAUCAGACGCUCUUUCAAAAAAUAUAAAAAGCUAGCACCGAAUAUUUUUCCCGUUGAGAUAAAAGUUCUGGAGAAUAACGAACAGACGGCGGAAGUUAGUACCACGGAAGUGACUUCUUGGACGUUUUUGGAGUGGUUGACGUAUGUGACAGAGUCGAUUAAUCAGACGAUGCAGUUCGAAAAUUAUGGGAAUUUAAAUAGUUUGGUUUUUUACAUUCCAGAGAACUUUUAUGACGAGUUUAAGAAGAGAAUUCCAAGUGUGUACAAAGAGAAUGAACUUUAUACUUCUCAUAAUUACCGGAUUAUGAAUAUUCUACAUUUGAAGGAAAUUUUUGAUACGUCUGAUGUAAAACUUAAAAUCUCCAAACGAUUCAUCCACGACAACCAGAAAGGUUAUGUCGAAUACGAAGACCACGACAACGUAUCUUGUCAGACUAGUUUUAUUUUUUUCUUAAACGUAGGACAGUCAACUGUGGACGAAAGUGAUAACACCAAUAAUCCGUUCCUAAUCGAGUGGAUACCAGGAAUGAGUAGCAUCACAAAAGUGGGUCAGUUAAAAUUACAGUACAAAUACGGGCGUAAAAGUACCACCUGAUCGAUGACCCUAGAGAAUAAAAUUAUUCAAUGUUUUAUAAUAUCGUCUGGGUAAAGUCGUGUUUUGUUAUCUUUGUAUGCUUGGCAUGAACUUUGUUACUUUUGUAUGUAGUUAUUCAAAUAAAGACGCUGGAUAUUUG